AGUUCUAGUGCUUGUAAAAUGGCCGUCGCAGUCCCAUCUUCCCGUCAGUUGUCUUGAAAAAUUACCCCUUUUACUAGCUCAAAUUUAAUAUUUUGAGUCCAAAGUCACUCGCAGUGUAAGUUUGAUCGAUAGAGAAGCCGUAGAAUGAGUUAUUUGCCGAUCGGGUGAGUCGAAGUGGGAAAAAUUGUGAUUAGAAGUCCAUUGUGGAGAAAGAAAGGCUUGCAAGGGCCUCUGUUCCAACUCGUAAUCGUGUGGAACACUUUUGUUCCAAAGAUAUCAAUAGAUCCCAAAAUCCAACGCCAGUGAAGCGUGUGAGAGGCCUCUACUCUUGGGGGUCUUUGCAUAGGCCUAUCCUUUUAUUGUGAGAGUUACUUCCAUACGAAAGAAGGAAAAAAAAAGAAGAAAAAAUAAUUAAAGAUUGGAAGUGUUUAAAAAGGAAAUGGAGAAAGAGUUGAGCAAGUCGACUGCAGUGUGGAUUUGGCACAAACUUAUGAUUUUUUGUGCUCGUGUGAACCUCCAGUGAAACAUUCGAAGAUUCGAUGCCAAGAUGGACUCUUUCUUGGGCAACACGCGGCCGUUCUUCCAAGGGCUGCCAGCGUCCACCAGAGGGUAUGAUGGAUCCACUCUCAAGGACCAGACUCAAGCCCCGCCCACGCCCACUCCCCCUGCUACGCCUACACUUCUACCUGCCCAUGUGCACAACCCCUACCCCGUAGGACUGACGAGCUCAGCGCCAGCCACGAGCUUGCCCGGCUCGCUGACCCCAAGUCGACCAAUAACGCCUGCCACGCCCUCGCACAAGCCUCAUGACCACGCUCCGCCUGCGCCAUCCCACAGCGUGACAUCCUUCUUGCACCCGCCUAGCAAGACUCCAGCAUCCGAGGCGCGUUACCUUGCCCAGCUGGAGCACUUACGUCAGCAAACGUCAGCAGUGGCCAGACCCACUGAUCCACUUCACGAUGCCCGAGCAUUCAGUCGGUCAUACAGCACCCAGCCUGGUCUUACAAUCGAGCACCCAUUGCCUACUAGAUCCUUCAGCUCCCAGGCAGCACUGUCCUCUGCAAGCAGAGGCAUUUCUCGCUCGUACAGUACACAAGCUCCACCUUCGUUAGAAAUACGGCCAACCAGACCUUACAGCUCGCAUUCUGCUGUUGGAGGGGAUUCUAGAAUUCCUGCUGGACCCUACGGUACGCCUUCAACACCUAACAGUGACUUAAGGGCCUACCAGUAUUCCUUUAGCACACCAGCCAUUACCGCAGACCCUCGUGUGCAUGUUGAGUCUAGAUUUCUUGAAAGACCAGAGUCUAGGUCAUUAGAUUCAAGGUCAUUGGAAGCACGGUCUGACCCACGGGGAGCCACAAGACCUGAACAGUGGGGUCCAAGUUAUAGAGCUGAUGCAAAAUCUUUGGACAGACUGGCACCAUCCGUCCACAUUGCUGCUCCUUCUGCCAGUGUGAACGGUUCCAAGGACGCUCUUUAUCUGGGCAAAAAACCUGAUGAUAUUGGAAGUGUUAGACGACCAGAUGAGUCAUAUGUAAGAAGAAGUAGUGAAUUAUUGCAGGUUAACGGAUCACGUGACCCACUCUAUCCCAAUGGGUCUCAGAGUGCAUAUUCAUCAGAAACACAAAGAGACCCAUCUUCUGAAAGACCAAAAGACAGCCGGCCCAAAGAAGAUUCUGCUUUGGACCUCUCCGUCAAAACUGUAAGGCAAACGCCAGACUCUACUGCUCCAGAUCCUGAGAAAAGCUACAGUAUAUCUCCUGUAAAUGCUGCAACAGUAGACAAGAAUCCUCAGAAUGAAGCUCCAAGGCGAACUCCAAAUUCCACUCCAGUUUCAUCUCCUUACAGGCCUCCAAACAGAGAUCCAUCCUUAGCACAGUAUGCUGAUAUAUCAAAACUUAAUCCUGGAAUAUCAGGAACAAGAGCAACGCCACCCAGUCAUAUACCACCACACUUUAGUUUAAAUACUCCUUCAAGUCCACAUACUUCAUCGAGUCCUUUAUCUCGUGGGUCUCAUUUUCUGCCUCCCUCUAAGCGACCAGGGGAACCUCUGUACUUUGACCAUUUUACAAAGUUGCAGAAAUUAAGUCACACCCCUCCAAACAAAUCGCCUACACCAUCCCGGCACAUACCUGAAAGUCAUUUGCCCCUUCACCCAAGAGACAAGGCCCUUUAUGGUGCCCCCAAAGAAGAUCCAAAUCGUGGUUUGCAUCUUCUUGUAGCUGCCACACUUAACACAGAACAUGAUGGGAGAUAUGGCCAUGAGAUUGGUUAUGAGAGAAAGCACAGUACAGAGAGGAAGGACACAAAUAAUGACCUGAGGGAUUUAAGCCUUGAAAUAAGAGAAAGGAGAGAGUCAUCUAUAGACUUAAAAGAAAGUGAAAGAAGAGCAUUGAGCCUUGAGAGAAGAGACUCAAUGAUGGAUAGAAGAGAGCCGAGUCUUGAACGAAGAGAUUCAAGUUUAGAAAGGAGAGAUUUGGGCAUUGAGAGAAGAAAUUCCAGCAUGGACAGAGGAGAUCCAAGUCAUGAAAGAAGAGAUUUAAGCUUAGAGAAAAGAGAUCUUGAUUCUAAGUACCUGUAUCCCAAACAUCCAGAUGUCAAACUAUCCUUAGACCAAUACAGAGCGUGGGUGCCAACCUCAGAACACUCAAAAUCUGAUAGUUUGUCUAUUGACCGGCCAAAGUAUAUUCCAGGGCAACACUCUGUACCAACUUCCGUCCCCACAACCUUACCUCAGCAAGGUUCUAGAGUCUCUCCAGCUCAAGCUCCUCAUCCAUAUUCUUCCUAUGGACGACCUCCUGAUACAAGGCUACCUCAGAUCCAUUAUUCCCAAGCAGGACACCCCACCUCUUCUGCACACCACCAGGUUAAUGCAGCUCAGCCAUCCCAUCCAAAAAUACAUCAGCCAUACUUGCAGACACCAACCACAAGAGCACUGCAGGUCCCUGCAACUUCCAGCAGCAGUCAUUCACUGGAACCACCACAUGCGUCUGUGGUUUCUCAGUCUCAUCAUUAUCCAUAUCCAAGCAGUCACAGUUAUUCUCAGAGUGUUGCUGCGCAAUACCACCAACACCAGCAGCAGAAGCAGCAACGUUCAGCUUCGCAGUAUCCACCAUUCAGUUUGCCACAGAAUUCUAAAUCAGGAUCAGCAUCUGCUAUCCCAAACCCACAUCUAACACCUCAGCAGGCUGCCCAACAAGCAUAUGCCUAUUCUCACCAACAACAACGUAGUGAAACACCUCAUGCAACUUAUUCUAGCAAGAGACAGAAUCAAAUAUCUCCACACCCUUCAGUUUCUCCUCACCCAUCCAUGUCUCCCCAUCCGUCUGCUUCCCCACAUCCCUCAGCAUCUCCCCAUCCUGCUGCUUCUCCCCACUCAACUGUGUCCCCCCAUGCUUCCCACCAGAGGCGAAUUCCCUCACAAUAUUCUCCACAUCACUCACAGCGCCCACCUUCUGUCUCUGUGAGUCAACAUUCACAUAAUUAUCCAGGAACUCUACCUCCUAGUCCUUAUUCAGGUCCUCAGAGUCAUUCGGCUCACACCACACCGCCUUCAUCUCGGCCAUCCUCAGCUACACCCCAGCUGCCACACACACCUCAAGCUCUCUCAUCUCAUCCUCCUCAGUCUUCUUCCAGACAGUCAGCCCAUCCAACCCCUGUGUAUCCAGCACCACCACAUCAUUCCCACCCUGCCCCACCUCCCCCAACUCCAUCAGCUGACAACCAGGGAAAACAGGGUCAUUCCUCCCUAGAGCUCCAUCAUCCUCAGCCUCGGCAGUCACAACUGCACCCUCCUCCUCCACCCCAUCAUUCUCAUUCCCAUCAGCCAUCCCAACCAUAUGCUCCCCACCAUGCUUCACAGCCAUAUCCACCACCACCCCAUCAUUCUCAUCCAUAUCCUCCUGGACACUACCCAUCCCAACCAUAUCCUCCUCCUCCUCAGCCUUAUCCCUUGUCAUCUCAUCCAUCUCAGCCUUAUCCUCCACCACCACCAUCUCAGCAUCAUACAUCAGCACCUCAUUCCUCUCAGACCCAUCCUUCCCCUCAUCAUUCAUCAAAUGUUCAUCCUGCCCAAUCUCAGUCCUCCCAGUCGCAUCCUCCUCUACACCAUACAUCUUACCCACACCCAUCUCAGCCUUAUCCACCCCAACCCCAUCCAUCACAGGCAUCCCUUCCUCCUCCUAGUAAUUCCCAUCCCUCCCACCCACACUCCAGCCAACCUCCCACCCCCACACAGCCUCCUCGUCCUCCAUCUUCAACCCAGUCUCAUCAGCCUACUUCCCAGUCUCGUCCUCCUUCCUCACAAACUGCUCAAAGUCCUGCAUCACAGUCUACCUCUCCUGCAUCUCAAUCUGCUGCUCAUUCAUCACAGUCUGCCCCUCCCCCGACAUCACAGGCUCCACCUACUUCAUCACAAGAUCUCCCACCUCGCCCUCCUUCCUCAAAGGCUGCUUCUCCUUCUCACUCUCGUCCUUCUUCAACCCAUCCUCCCACUUCAUCUACACAGCCUCCCUCUGCAGCACAUCCUACUCCAUCUCAUCAGAAUCAGCAGUCUUCGUCGGAGCCUCCACCUCCUUCGCAGUCAAACCCCCCUUCCUCUGCUGCCCAGUCUCACCCUAGUGCAAGCCAGUCAAAUGCUCCCCAGUCACAGCAUGCUCCAGAAGUGCAGCCAUCCACACAGCAUCCACCUCCUCCAACCUCCCUGACAAUGCCUUCACAUCCUCCAGCUUCUCAGCCUCCUCCUCCUACUUCAGCACAAUCUCAUCCACCAGCAUCUCAGUCCCAUCCUUCUACAAUGCCAUCUCAUCCUCCCUCAGCACAGCAUCCUCCUCCCCCAUCACAACAUGCUCCUCCUUCAGCACAGCACCCUCCUCCAGCACAACAUCCUCACCCAUCAACACAGCACCCUACUCCAGCACAGCAUCCACGUCCACCAACACAACACCCUACUCCAGCACAGCAUCCACGUCCACCAACACAACACCCUACUCCAGCACAGCAUCCACAUCCACCAACACAACACCCUACUGCAGCACAGCAUCCUCCCUCUUCAGUUCAGCAUCCUCCAUCAACACAUCCUCCUCCUCCAGCACAACAUCCACCUCCACCAGCACAGCAUCCUCCUCCACCAAUCCAUCAUCCUUCACAUCCUCCAGCACAGCAUCCUCCUCCAUCAAUGCAGCACUCUACUCAUGCAGCACCACAUCAUCCUUCCUCAGCACAACAUCCACCUCCACCAGCACAACAUCAUCCUUCACAAGCACAUCCUCCUCCUCCAGCACAGCACCAUCCUCCGUCACAUCAUCAUCCUCCAUCGACACACCAUCCACCUACAUCACAGCAUCAUUCGCUCUCGUCAUCACAUCAUCCUGCUCCCCCAGCUCAGCACUCUGCUCCCUCAGCACAACAUCAUCAUCAUCAUCACCACUCCUCACAACCAGCUCCUCCUCCCACACAAUCUCAUCCACAUGCAGCACAACCUCAUCCACCACCUUCAGCACAUCCUCCUCCUCCACAGCAUCAUCAUCAUCCAUCCCAUCCGCACCCUUCAUCAUCUCAGAUGCAUUCCCUCUCAAGUAAAGCUCAUCAUCCUCCAACGCAACCACAUUCUAACAUUCCACCCUUACAAACUCAUCCUCCAACUCACCCUCCAACCCAUAUCCAGCAUCCAACAACCCACCCUAUCCCUCCUUCAACUCAGUCACAUCCUUCCCAACCAUAUCCUCAUUAUGCAUCACAACCCUACUACUCCCAUCCUCACCCUCAGGCCUAUCCCCCUCAGGGCCACCCACACUCACAUACUUCACAAAGUCAUCCUCCUGUACCACAUCAGUCCUCCCAGCCCCAUCCAUCCUAUCCUCAUCAUCCUCCUGGUCAGCCCCCUCAGUCCUCAAGUCAUUCUUCUCAUGCUCCUCCUCGGAGCCACCCUUCCCAGGGCCACCUACCCCCCCACCCACACCCAUCACAUAUGCAUGUUCGCCACCCUCAUUCCCACAUGCCACAUGCAGGUAUGUAUCCUCCCCACCCAUCCCACCCUGUGGUUAGUCAGCAUAACUCCCAGCCUCAUGGAUCUCACCCUCGACUUCCCCAUCCUUCUCAGCCUCAUGCUCAGGCUUAUCCCCCACACCCUCAGCAACCUCAUUACCAGCCACCACAGCUUCCUCAUCCAGCUAUAAAGACUGAAGGAGCUGGCAGUGGGCCACGCUACCCAGUAUAUCCCUAUCCUUCUCACCACAUAAGCCAGGGUCAUGAUAUAGGGUCAGCUAGAGGCCCAGGACUUAUCAGUCCCCCACAGACAUCAGCAGCAUCUGCAAAAGCAAGGCCACCUCAAGAUAUUGACCCUUCACGGAUACGUACAAAGGGGGAACAAAAAUCUUUUGAUCCUAGAAAUGCUGAGAGUGGUAAGUUGAAAAUGAACACAGAGCCAUGGCCAAAUUAUCCACCUGGUGCGCACAACACUUCACAGCCACAGCAAACCGGUGACCAAAUACCUUACAAUAGCUCAAGGCCUGUGAAUCAACCACACAUUUCAAAUAGCCAAGAAGGACCAAAGGUGGCUGCAGUAUUUGAAUUUAAGGAGGAGGAUGCUCACAAGACAGAUCAAAUUCAGGGAGGAAACAAGAUGUUGGAACCAGGCAAGGCUGCUUUGGCAGACAAACUUCACAAGAAACUAAACAGAGCUGAAAGCACUGAGUUAUUGGUUGUGAAGAAAGAAACUGUAACAGAAUCUCCUGUACCAAAGAAAGAAGAGGUUCCUGAGGAGAAGGAUGAAUGGGCUUCUGGGUUUGACAAGCUAUUAGAAGACUUAGCAUCAAAUCCUGAAGGUGUUACAAGCAAGAAGAGUAAAACACUUGGAGCACGUUACUUGCAAAAGGUGCAGAUCCAGCAUGCUAUAGAUAAUGAUCUGAUUGCACCUCCACCUGCUGCCAUUCUAGAGGAAGAAGAUGAAAGCGAACCUGAGGCUCCUGUAAAGUUCCGUGGCAAGUUCAAAAGUAUUAAAGAUAAGAAAGUAGAACGUGUGAUUCUCACGUAUGCCUCGCAUUCUGAUGAAAGUGCCAUUGACAUGAUUCCAGAUGAAGAUGCCAGUGAUUUUGAAGAAGAAUUGAAACGUGAGAUAAGAUCAAAGGACAAAAAGCGGGGUCAUUUGAAGAAGCCAAGAGGUGAUUCAAGCAGUGGUAGUGAAAGUGGUAGGAAAGAUAGUGACAGAAGAAAAAGUGGUGGACGGGGAAAGAAUAAAGAGAAUAAACCAAAUAAUAAACAGGAUUCUGAUUAUUCUGUAAGUAGUAGCAGUGAGAGUGAUAGUAGCUCAAGCUUAAGUUCAGAUGAUUCUGAUAGUGAUGAUUCCGAGUCAGAGGAGCUGGUUAGACCUCGACGAAAAGGAAAGCAGGAUUCAGACAGUGAUGUAGGAAGAAAGAAACCAAAGAGGCGAGGAAGGAAGUGGGACAGUGAUAGUAGUGACUCUGAGGAAGAGAUCAUACCAAGGAGGAGAACAAGGCGUCGCAGAAAAUCUUCAAGUGAUGAGGAUUCUUACAAACCAGUCCAGAGAAACAGAAAGAGGAAAAAGAAGCAAGACUCCAGUGAUUCAGAGGAAGUGUCCUUAAAGACAAGAAGAGGAAAGAAGAAAAAUAAAUCGGAAUCAGAGGAAGAAGAAUUUGUGUCAACGAGAAGAGGUAGGAAGAAAGGUCGUGUUCCCAACAGGAAAAAGAAAAACCGUCAGAGAGAAGAUUCUGAUGAUGACUCAGAGGAUGAAAAAGCCUUGCCAAGAAAGACGAGAGGAAUGAAGAAGAAACAGCAGGAAACAAAGAACAGAAAGAGAAGAAAAGAAUCUACUAGUGUAAGCUCAUCUUCAGACUCGGAUGAAGAGAAUGAUAACAAAACUAAGAAAGAAGUGGAUCAAAGAAAGAAGGGCAACAUCAAAAAGGGUAGGAAGAUUUUGGAGGACUCCAGUGAAGAUUCAGAACUUCCUGCAAAGAAUAAAAAUCAUAAAAAGAGUAGUUUGAUUGUUGAUAGUGAUGAUUCAGAUGAAGAUUCAAAGAAGGAGACUAAAGAACCAGAGGAGAAAAUAGAUGAUAAAGUUGAUGAGGAGCCAAAAGCUGAGUGUAGUGUGAAGGCAGGUACAGAAAAUGAAACAAAGGAAGGAGAAAUACAAGCAGAAGAGGACACAGUAGAUCUAUGAGAUAUUGAGUCAAAUUUAGAAGCUGAUUCGGUCAUUGAAAAACUUAACAAAAUGCGCAAUGAAGAGUUAAACAGAGAAGAUGUAUUAGAAAUGAAAGCAUGGUUUGGCGAGGUUAACAAUGACAUCAAGAAGCAACUUUGUAAUCUUCAAGAAAUGGGCUUUAGGAACAAUUGGAAGAAACCACAGUUUGGAGUAGGCGAUGAUUUCUUGCAUGGAUGGCAGACAGACGUAAAGAAGUUUAAAGAACACACAGCCAGACUUCCCAAGAAGUUGUGCCUCUCUGUCAAGCACCAAGAAACCAGUUCAUCCAAAGGAGCUUCUAGAAAAGGGCGUGACUCUGGAAAGGAUUCUCCAUCAAGACAAGGAUCAUCUUCCCCAGCUAAGAAUACGAGAAGUAAAUCUGGGAUAAUAAAGACAAGUAUGGCAGUAGCAGAAGAUGACAAACUUAAAGUAGCAUCUAGACCAGAAAUAAGUAGUGUAAUGCAAAGAUUCUUUGAAAAGGUUUUGGCUGAUUCUGAUGUAAUGUCAAAAAGUAGUCUUGCCUCCAAGAAGUUUAAUCUGGGACCAUUUCCGGCAUAUGGAGCGCAGCGAGUCCCAACAGGGCUGACUCCAACACCUUCAGUUGCUCCCUCCAUGUUAGCAAGUGAUGAUUCAGACCUAGAUUCCCUUGCAAGCAUCAGAACUGAUCUGCCAGCAUCUGAUAGUGUACCAGUUUCAAAAAGAUCCAUUGCUAGUAGUCUGCUUAAGAAGAUUGGGCGGAAAUACAAUGAUAAGAAGCUCAAUACUUUGUGCCUGGGUAAACCUCGAAGUAUUCUUGAGGCUACAAACAAACCUCAGCUCCUGCCAACUCCUGGCAUGCCUACAACAGAAAAGGAGCUCGAAAAUAUGGAACCAAAUGAGAUGAAAAUUGCUACAUUUUUCAGAAAAGAAACAGUUAGUAAUUAUAGGGAUAACUUUGAGGUAGUGGUCACCAAGAAUGGCAUUAAUGAAUUCACACAAAUACUCUAUCAGUCUAGGACACGCACCAAGACCAAGCAAAUUCAGGAUGCUGCCACUGUUAGAUCUGUCUUUGGUGCAGAUAUUCCUCCUCAUCUGCUGAAGAAGGCAGAAUUAAAGAAGGCCAAGAAAACAUUAUUAAAGAAGGGAGGAAAGAAGGAUGAGGGAAAGGCAAAGGAGGAGAGUUCUCCAGUGCCUGUAAGCAGAGCUAGCACUCCAGGAGGCUCAAUGCAGGCUGCUGGGGAUGAGGAUGAUGAUUCAGAACUUCGCAGUGAACGUUCGGAGUCUGUCCUUGGAGAAUCAUCAGCUCCUAGUGUGACUAAGAAAGCACGGCGGAAAUUCCGCAAGUUCAGAAGUGGUUUUGAUUAUAUACGUAAAAAGAAGAAGGUCAAGGCUGAUGAUGAAGCAACACCAUCUAGGAAGCGCUUGCCUGUUAGAAAGCAUGUGAAUUGGCCAGAAGAGAGUCGGGAUGUUGCAGCUGAAGUUCGAAGCUGGGUUGUUAACAAAGGUCUUGGAGAAACUGUGUUGCACAAAGCUGCAAGGCUUCAGUAUCAUGAUGUGGUUGUGUACUGUGCAGAAAGUCCAGAUUUUGACAUUAAUGUGCGGGAUAAUGCCGGAUACACACCUCUUCAUGAAGCUUGCAACCGAGGUCAUUUGGAUAUUGCACAGGUUCUGUGCUCCCAUGGUGCCCAUGUCAAUGCUCCGGGUUACAAAGGAAUGCGGCCGUUACACGAAGCUGUUGAAAACGGCCAUGCAGAACUGGCUCGCCUACUGCUUGCCUAUGGUGCUGACCCAAUGCUCACAACCUAUGCAGGGCAGACCUGUUUUGAUCUGUGUGCCGAUAUCCAGUGCACGCAGCUCCUUGAAGGUUUCCUUGCAGAUCUCAAGGGUCAUGAUGGCGAAAUGUGGCACUUUGCUGGUCCUACACGGCUUAGUGAUCCUGAGGAACAAGGAUGUGACAUAUUUGGCAUGAUACCAGCAACUUCUUGCAAUAAAACAUCAUCGGAAGACAAUGUGGAGUCAAGCCAAGAUACUGACUUGAAGGCAACAUCAGAUUCAGUCACCUCAAAGAACAUUUCGGUGGAUGAAGCAGAUAAUGGUCAGAAGUCGGAAAAUAAAAGAGCAGACAAAGAAGAAGCAUCGUCACUGGAUGGAAAGUGUAUACAAAGUGUGUCAGAUAAAGAGCUUAGUGUUAGUGGUGGUGAGAUAGUCAAACUGAAGAGCAAUGUUAAGGAAGAGCCAAAAUCUGUUGAAGUCAAAUUAGAGAGUGACACCAGCAUGACAACGGAACUGUCAUCAGAAAAGAAGGUGUUGUCCAGUGAGGAAGUGAUUAAAGAGGAUAAGGAGGAAAUUAGUGAACAGAAGGAAGAUUCAGAUAUGGAAGAUGGGUGGAACAUGCAGGUUGUAUUUGAAUUAUGUGAGUCACCCUUACUAGAUACUUAUGAGGUGGAGGGACAGCCACACAAGUAUCUGUUGUUAAUGGAACUUGUGAAGCACCUGGAAGUGACCCAAGAACAACUUAUAAUUGCGGCAAAGACAAUUGAAACAUUAGAACUGAGUCCAGAGGAGUUUGAGAAACGUGUGCACUGUUGCAUAGUAGGGUCCUGCAGCCGUGCACUUGUUGAUGACUGCUCCUCAGUGGUCCUUGUAAAGAUUACACCUUCUCUAGAGAAAUUAUUGGGUAUUGAAACUGUAAAACUUUAGUUUGAUGCUGUAUGUAUGUGAAUAGAGAUGAGAUCAAUAUUGCUUUAGACAUUUUAUAAAAAAAGCUUAUUUAAAGCCAAAAUGUAUGUGGAUCAAUAUGAACAGUUUUAUUAAAGCCUAAUGAAGGAGUCCAGAUUUUUUAGACUAUAUGUUAUCAUUCUGAACCAACAGAUGUAAAUAUGACUUUUGUAAGUUGCCCUUCAUGGCUGAAUAAGUGAUGUGAUUUUUUAGGAUUAUGAAUGAAUGAAAAAAGCUAUAUGCCAUAUUCAGUACGAAGUGUAGGAAACAUUGAUACAUGCAGAGAUAACUUGCUCUGUGAUAAGGUUUAUCAAAGAUAUACAUAUGCUGUGAUAAGUCUCAUGUAAAGCCCAAAAGUGAUAUACAGACAGCUACAGAAAAUCUUCCAAUUUAUAGAUCUUUGAGCCAACACUGGAUUCAUUGGGCUGAAGAGACUAAAUAGACUCUAAUCACGGGUUUCUCCAUAAACAUUUGAGUGAAUUGAUGGUAGCUUAACGUGGUAAUUGAACCCUUCAUGCUGUACUCAGAUUUUAAUGACUCUUGAUACUGCGGUGAUAUCUUUUAUUAUGGCCGAUUUAUCUAGGAGGUAAAUAAAAAAUUUGAGCCUGAGUAAACAUGGACAUUUUUCUACUAAGCAUCGCACUCUAUUCCUAGAUAGACUAUGUGGUUCAGGGGAGAUUUUUUUUCAAAUGGGAAUUUGUGUGCAAUGAGUUGUUGCAAUCUAGAGUUAUUACUCAUCCAUGCUAUCUCAAAUUAUUUAUGUUUGAGAUUACUCUGUACAAAUGAAACUGAUGAUUAUUGUAUUGUAUAUAAUGAUGAAGUUGGAUGUCGAUAUCUAACUGUGAGGAGCAGAAAUUUAUGACCAGAUUGCUGUUAAAUCAAUGUUUGAGUUGACUGAGGAAUUACUGCUACUGUUGCAGCACUACAGGUAACUUUACUCUGCUUGUUCUAUGUGUGUGCAUGUGUGUGUGUAUGUAUGUGUGUAUGUGUAUCUACAUGUGCGUGUGUCUUUGUAAAUGAAGUCUUGUGCAAUUAACUUAAAUAUAUUUUCUAUGUAAUGUAAUGACAUGUAAAUAUAUAUUCAGAGUUAUAGAA